AUGUUCCAAAGUCGCUUUAUAGCAGCUCGUGCUGCCCGCUCUGUGGCUUCUCAAUGCCGGGGCCUUGCGACCGCAUCCCCUGUAGCUAGUACUGCCCGCAGCCACAAGGUUGUAGUGGUCGGUGGUGGUACUGCUGGUCUGUCUAUCAGUCACCAGCUCCUUCACUCUGGAAAGUUCGCACAGGAUGACAUUGCUGUCAUUGACCCUGCCGAAUGGCACCACUACCAACCAGGCUGGACCCUUGUCGGUGGUGGCCUCAAGAACAAAGAGGACCUGCGCAAGCCAAUGGAGAGCCUGAUUGACUCCAAGUUCAAGUUCUACAACCAGGGUGUUGGCAAAUUUGCCCCCACUGAAAACACCGUGACUCUUGAGAACGGUGACAAGCUGAACUACGAGCAUCUCGUUGUGGUUCCUGGCAUCAACAUCAACUAUGGCCAGAUCAAGGGUCUUCCUGAAGCCCUCGCUGAUCGUCACUCAACUGUCUCAUCUAUUUAUGGUUACAACACCUGUGACAAGGCUUUCCGCACCUUUGACAACUUCCGUCAAGGAAAUGCCAUCUUCACUCAGCCUGCCGGCGUCAUUAAGUGUGCCGGUGCUCCCCAAAAGGUCAUGUGGCUUGCGCUGGACCUCUGGAAGAAGGCUGGCCUCUACAACCCUACCAACCCCGCUGAGUCCCCGGUGAAGAUCAGCUAUGCGACCGGCUUGCCCGUCAUGUUCGGUGUGCCCAAGUACAACGCAAUCCUCGAGCAAAUGCGCAAGGACCGCGGUGUCGAGGGACUGUUCCAGCACGAUCUCGUUGCGCUGGAUGGCAAGGCUGCCGUCUUCUCCACCCCCAACGGAGAGGUCACCCGCGAAUACGAUCUGCUGCACGUCUCCCCCAAGAUGGGUGCCCACGCAUUCGUCAAGGACAGCCCUCUGGCCAACGAGGGCGGUAUGGUCGAUGUCCACGACAACACCACCCAACACAAGAAGUUCCCCAACGUCUGGUCCGCCGGUGAUGCUUCCAGUCUGCCUACUUCCAAGACUGCCGCCGCUGUCACCUCAGAGGCACCUGUUCUUGUCCGCAACCUUCUGCAAACCAUGGAGGGUAAGGCCGUUGAUGCUUCUUAUGACGGUUACACAUCCUGCCCGCUUCUGACUGAGUACGGCAAGGUUCUGCUUGCUGAGUUCAAGUACGGUGGUGAGCCCAAGGAGACCUUUGGUAACUGGUUCGGCAUUGACCAGGGUGAGCCUCGUCGCGCAUUCUACCACCUUAAGAAGGACUUCUUCCCUUGGGUGUACGCCAACUACAUGGUCAAGGGUAACUGGAGUGGACCUAAGGGCUGGCUCUGA